AUGAAAUCGGAUCAAGAUGUUCUCGACGACCUCAAGGUCGUCACUGAAUUGGCCUUGAAGUUUCUAGAGCCUGUUGUUCCAAACCGGAAACUAAACUGCACAUCUCUCCACCUUGAGCAUAUGAAAACGGAUCUCGUAGGCUUAGUAUAUGACGGUUUGAAUUGGCCAAGUAUGUCCUCACAAAAUGAUUGUAAUUGCAAUAUUGACGAGGAUGAUAAAUGGAACAUGGCAAAAUCCGCAACUGAGCUUAAAGAGUUUGGAGUUGAGUUCAAAAUGGUCGAGACAGACAAUUUCAUUGACAUAAAGUUUACGAAUAAGGGGGUAUUGGAAAUCCCACGCAUACGCAUUCGAUAUGGCACACCAAAUUUUAUCAAGGUAUUACUCGAGUUUGAGCUGAGUCAUCGCCACAGUAGAUACCUUAGCAACUACCUAUGGUUCAUGAACAGACUGGUGAAAUCUCCCGAUGAUGUUCUUCUACUUCGCCAGAAGGGGAUCAUUGACAACGUAUCAGAGCUACUUGAUGAUGCCGCUAUUCACAAGUUUCUGAAAGAUUUAUCCGCGCCUCUGAUAAUCUCUCUUGACAACUUAAGCUACAUCAAAGUUUACGAGGAUUUGAAUUUGCAUUGCAAACAUCAGCGAAACAGAUGGAUGGAAAAAUUGAAGAGGGAUUACUUCAACAGCCCGUGGGCAUAUAUCUCUUUCUUUGCUGCUUUCCUGUUACUAAUUCUCAUUGUUGUGCAAACUGUAUUUUCUGUUGCCUCGUACUACAAACGUGGCUAA